GGCGCGUAGUUACAUCAUAACUCACCGGGGACAUGAGGCCUACAUGCUCAGCAGCACUCAGCGACAUAAGCGUAUCUUCCUCCCCAGAAGCUUCAAGCAGUCUCAGUGAACCAAGCAUUCUCAGCUCUACUACAAGAGUGCUAGUCGUGAGGAUGCUGUAGUACCAGAACGAAGUCGCCCGGACUCGUCGUGGUCAAGAUCAAAGAAGGGAGCGCGUGCAGGCCUGUCUCAGAAAGCUCCCGAGGGGCGGUCAUCAGAUAAAUUCUCCGGCACACAGUGCACAGACACUUGUUUUACGACUCAUUCACGACCACUCACGACCACUCUGAACGCUUCUCUCGAUGUCCAAGCCUGCGGCGAAACCUCCAACAUCAUCAUUCGCGGCGUUCCUCAACGCGCUCUCCUGGUCGCGCGCGCGCAAGGACCCCAACUUCGACGCGGGCUUAAACAGCUCCUCAGCCUGGACAGAGGCUUUCACCAGCCCCGAUGGCAUACUCCGCACAAGCCUCACGCAGUAUAAUAUCAACGCGCUUUCGGACGAUGAGGCCGACGAGGCCGACGCCAAGCUGCGCGAGGAGGCGGACGACCCCGUGCUGGACGCGGAGCAGGGCAAACCUGCCCGAGCACUGUAUACAUUCGAGGGCAAGCCCGAAUUUCGCGAGCUGACGGCUGUGCAGGCGGGGGACAGGUUGGCGGUGCUGCGAGAGGAGGUUGGGGACGGUUGGAGUUUGGUCAAGCACUACGAUGGCACAGGAGAGCGGAAACUAGAGGUCGGGCUGCUGCCACAGUCAUAUUAUACGUUUACUGCCGAGUUCUCCCACUCGCCCGAGCUCGAGCUCCCUUCUCCGACAUACAGCGUACCAAUCUGCAGAGAAGCCUCAGGCUCAUCCAUCACACCCCGAGGCUCGCCUACCCACCAGCUCGAAGAGCCAGACGUUCCGCUUGUACCACAAACCACAGGCGAGUGGUUCCCGAGCUUCCGACGCAGCCUCCUAGGCGGAAAGCAGCUCAACCGAUUCUCGAGUUUUGUUACAAGCGGCGCGGAGGAGUGGGUGCUACAGGGUGCGGAAGAUAAAGAGCCUGCACCUGUGAUGGGGCACAGCAGGAGUGUCAGUACGAGCUCCGUUGCCGAAAGUGUAGGGCUUGGCGAGGCGGACAAGCACUUCGUCGAGGCAGGACCUACAUGGAAGACCAAGGUCCCACCAUUCCGAAUCCUCGUGCAUUCGCCAUCGAAGCGCACAUCUAUGCUCUCGGGCGCGUACACCAUGUACGCUGUCACGUCGCUCUUCAGCGCGGACAUCGAAGAAGAUGAGGACGGCGUGCCUGCAUCGCCGACGCGUAUCACCGUACACAGACGGUUCUCGCAUUUUGUCGUGCUUCAUACCGCGCUGACUCGUCGCCUACCGGGUAUCGCACUCCCGCCGUUGCCAGAAAAGCAGUACGCGGGACGGUUCAACGACGACUUCGUUGAGGCGCGGCGAGGAGACUUGGAGCGGUACCUUAGUCGUGUCGUGCGACAUCCCAUUGCGCGGUACGCAGAGGUGCUGACAUUCUUCCUGGGCUGUGAGAGUGAGAUGGAGUGGAAGCGGCAAUACCCUCAAUAUCUCUCAUACCCACCUGCUGGACCCUCGUUUUUUGCACACGUUUUUCACCCUGCGUUCAACGUCGACUCUGACGAAGCCGUGGAAGUCGCAGACAAGUUUGACGUCCAUACGCGCGCAGUCGGAAGUGGGGUGCAGGGCGUUAGGAAUAUCUAUGGCAAGAUCCGUCAGGCAAGCGUCGAAAUGUCCCAGGCACAACGACUGCUGAGCUAUUCGCUACUUUCUCUUAUCACCUCGAAGCCGCUCGCACGAGCCUCGACGGCAGGAAUCCCAGAAGAGGAGGAAGAUCGUGACCCAAAGCUGAAGGGACACAUGAACGAAGACGGUGCUUGGUGCUGGCGCGAAGGCUGCACAGAGUGUCUACAGCUCACGAAGGCGAUGCAGAAGACGAGCGAGACGUUGCAAACUGUCGCGGACCUGUACGACGACCAUGCUCGCAGGACCCAGUUCGCGACGCAUGAAGCGCUAAAAUCUGUCGCGCACCCUUCUGCAAUGUAUGCGGGUGUGGUCGACACACACAAGUCAACGCUCGUGCGCUACCACGGGGCGACUGCCGAGGGGCAUGAGAAUGAAGAGGUCGCUGCGCGCUGCGAGACGGUGCUGAACACGACGAUGGCCGAGUUCGAGACGUAUCACAAUCAGAAGGCUGAGGACUUCCGGACGUUGACGACCGAGUACCUCGACGGCGAGAUCGCGCUCUACGAGCAGAUCCUUGCACGCCUGAAUACCGCCCGGCGCACGUUCGACCCGCCAGUAUAUGACUCGCUCUUGCGGGGUGCACGGCAGCCGUCGAUGUACGAACGCGAGCUCGAGCAUCCGCGUCUCGCGCCGCCACCGCUGACCCAGCCAUGUCCACACGUAUUCGAUUCGGCGCCUAUGCGCCCGGUCAGCGUCGCGAUACAGGAGGGCGUCGGCAUGCUCCUCGGCUCGCCUACGCGGGCGAGUGUAUUUGGCAAGUUCUUCUCGUAAGGACUGAACUACUGUUGUAUUUGAAACUAUCUAACACAUCUGUAGCAUUUUGCUGUAUAUGCUUGCCACAUUGCUGUGAUCUACAUACGCAUAUAUAUGCUGUAACGAACAUACUCAUGUACCCUAUAUAAUGGCAUCCCCUAUGUGAAUCAGUCACACGAGUGUGGACAGCUCCAGUUUUCCGGUAAUUAAGCUGGCCCAGUUUCGAUGUAUACAUUGACAAGACUGCAUGCGUCUAUUUUGCUCUCAGCUAUAGGUCUGUCACAACACGCACACGCGAGGCAGCUUUAUGCAGCAUGUGCCUGUAAUGCCGAACACUAUGCUAUACGUACUACUCUCUAAUACAUAGGAUAAACUCUAGCGAUGCGGAGGACCAGAUGCACGGCAGUCAGGGAAGCCGAGAUCGCCCCAGCCGGUCCACCAGGGGUAGCACGCGCGGAAGGAAGCGUCCUUCUCGAUGCUGUUGAGCUCCGCGAUCUCCGCAUCGGUGAGGUCGAUGAGCUUGAAGUUUUGGACGACACGCUCGGGCGUGACAGACUUGGUGAGCACCGAGACGUCGGGGCGGUUCGCCUGGAGCGAGAUGAGCACGUUUGCGGGACUCACGCCGUGCGCCUCCGCGAUCCGCGUCACGAUCGGGUUCGCGAGCAGUGGCGAGUCGGAGGAGCCAAGCGGGGAGAAGGCGGUGAGUAUGACACCCUUAGAGCGGCAGCACUGCACGAGCUCUUCCUGUACGCAAGAUCUGCACGUAUAGGUCAGUGGAUGCGCAUGAACAAGAUGGAAGGCAGACACACGGGUGCAGCUCAAUCUGGUUGACAGCGGGGACGACGGUCACCUCCCCGAUGAGCUUUUCAAAGAGUUCGACGGAGACGUUCGAGAGACCAAUGGCUUUGACCUUAUCAGGGUGCUCCUUGUGGAUCUUCUCCAUCGACUUCCAGGUGUCGAUCCAGCUCCACUCCUUGUCGGGAGAGCCGUUUGCCUUGGCGGGUGCCGGCCAGUGCAUCAGCCCUGCGUUGCGUCAGCAUACAUU